GUGACGCACAUGAGAACUACUGGGGAGCGAUGAGACCCCGGCACACGCCGCCCGCCCCGUCGCCGGGGAUAUAAAGUGGUCGCUUCUUGUAGCGCGCUGAGAAACUGCCUGCCGCGCUUCCCUCUCGCCCUCUCCCAGCGCACCGGGAGGCGAGGAAGAGACGCUCCGCCAGGCCCCCGCCGGCUUCCCUCGACGGCUCGGUCCCUCGUUGGUUCUUCCUGUCCCCUGCCGCUCCUCGACGGUGCAAGCGGGCGACCAUGAAGCUCUCGGUGGCGCUGGCCGUGCUGGUGCUCGUGUGGGCGCAGGCGUUGGCGGAGGAGCUGGGCGACAACGACGAGCUGGGCUACUUCUCCGACUGGUCCGACGGCGACCCCAGCAAGGAGGAGCUGCCUAUUCCCUUUGAGCAUUUUCUCCAGAGAAUUGCCAGGCGACCCAGACCUCAGCAGUUUUAUGGCUUAAUGGGAAAGCGAGAUGCUGGAUAUGGCCCACUGUCUCAUAAAAGACAUAAAUCACCUUCAUUUGUUGGACUCAUGGGCAAAAGAUCUGUAAAUUCUGGAUCUUCUGAAUGGAACACAGCACAGAUUUAUGAAAGGAGACGUAAAUGAGGCUGUUCCUUCCUCCCCUGCUCAUUAUUUAUUGAACUUUAUUUGUUUAAAUGGGCAAGUUAGUGUAAUAUAAAAUAGCCAUUGUACGAAAGAGCUCUUUAUUUAAUACUGGUCGUAAAUUCAAUAAAAAUUAUUUUUCCCUCCUAUUGUGGCAGCGAUACAUGCAACAUACAAGUAAUGUGGUGGAUUCUGUAUGACAGCACCCAACAGAAUACAGAAACCAGGUGAUGUUUCACAAUAAAGCACAUCCUUUGAUAUAGUCUGUAAAAGAGAGAUUCACCCAAUUUUAAAAAGAACUGAAAAAAAUUAUUUUUGUUAAUUUCAAGAAAUCAUAUCCGCUUCACUACCAAUGCCAAGUUAAUCCGGUAUUGAGUGCCUCAAUUUGUGUGCAUAACAACAGUGUUCUGUAAUUUUAGUAGCCAAAAUAUAUUUGUAUCAUUGCAGCAUGAGUUUUUAUUUUUGUUUCGUGUGAAUAUAUAAACACGUAUGGUUUUUAAAAAGAGAUUUACGGUAAAUGUGAAUUUAGAAAUCUUCAUGGCAUUGACUGGCAUUUUACAGUGUCUAGCACUUUAAAUAUUUAAAAGCUACUCUGUGGAUUUUUGCAACGUAUAUUCCAUGGAGGGAUGAAUUAUUUAAAAGAGAAAAACACUUGAUAUAACGAAUAAAAAAUGCCGGUAAUUU